CUGGCCCUUUAAUGCAUUGCUGCAGCCUGCAGUUCCCGCAGCGGCCAGUAGGUGUCGCACAGUCAGGCGUUCUGGGCGCAGCGCAGUCUUUUGCUUUCUAUGUAAUUUGCUUGCAGCGCAGGAGGCGACGUGGAAAGCAGGAGGGACCAAGCUGCGUUGCACUUCCCCUUGGAGAUGAAGCGAAGCUCUGGGCGUGAGAGUGAAUUAACCCUGGGGAUGUGAUCUGACCCCCGUAAUCACUGCAGGAGCCGUCUGCCGAUCUGAUCGCACCAUGGAUGGGCUCGUCGUUGUCUUCCUUAUCUCCCUGGCCAUGUUCCUGGGCUGCUUCCUGCUGGGCUUGAUCCCGCUGGCAUUUAAACUUUCAGAGCAAAAGCUGCAGUUUGUGAGUGUGUUUGGCGCUGGGCUCCUGUGCGGCACGGCUCUGGCCAUCAUUAUCCCAGAAGGGGUGGAGCUGCUGGAUGGACCUGGCAAGGAAGGUCCGGUGAUCUGCCAGAACCUCACACAGAACCACACAGAGAUCAGCAGGACGAGCGAAGAUGCAGCAGAAAAAAGCUCCUCCGUCCCUCCCCAUUUCUUUAUUGGGGUCUCCUUGGUGAUGGGGUUUAUUCUCAUGUUCAUCGUGGAUCAGAUUGGGAGUUAUUGCUCCUACCAUGAUCCUCGGACAGGAAUGUCAGCUGGUACCAGUAUAACGGCAACCCUCGGGCUGGUCAUACAUGCAGCAGCGGAUGGUGUGGCCCUCGGGGCAGCAGUCGCCUCAUCCCAGGUCUCUGUACAAGUCAUUGUCUUCUUUGCAGUUAUCUUGCACAAGGCGCCUGCUGCGUUCGGGCUGGUAUCGUUUCUCAUGCAUGCCGGGUUAGAGAAGGCACAAAUUCGGAAGCACCUUUUGGCAUUUUCCUUGGCUGCACCGCUGCUCACCAUUACAACUUACCUCAUUCUCAGCCUGACUGGAGGGACGUCCCAGCACAGACUCACCGCCACCGGAAACGGGAUGUUGUUCUCGGCGGGAACGUUCCUGUACGUGGCCACGGUGCACGUGUUACCCGAGAUAAGCGGCAGGGGCCACCACCACCAUCAUGUGACCUCCGAAUACCGACAUCAAGGGCUGGGCCUUCUGGAAAGUGUCAUUCUAGUGGUGGGAGCCGGCCUGCCACUUCUCCUCUCACUGGGACUCCAUGACGGAUGAACAAACCCCGCCCCCAUGUUGUUGUUGUUGUUAUUAUUAUUAUUGUUGUUAUUAUUGCACAUGGAAUAUGAAGGUUGUGGUCACUGAUUUGUUUACACUCGAAAAGCACAGAAAAUAAUGGACUGUAUAAAGGAAUAGGAAUGUGGGUGCUACAGGAUGGGGUGCAGACGUAGGGAUGAGGCUAGGGAUCACUUUUGUGCAGCACCCUACAAAGAGGACUCCUGUCUGCCGCACCUUAUCCAAGCGCCCCCUACAGGAGAGCACAGCCCAUCGCUUACGUGUCCCUAACAGCAAUAUCCGCAUGAUUGUACUGGAACAAACUGAUAUUAGAACGUUCUAGCUCCCAGCAGCAGGUUCCAUUGUGAAGCUGAUAAUGAAGGACAGGAAAUCUCAGGGCAAAAUGCACUUUAUCUUCUUUUCUACAGCAGUUUUUGUAUAUUGUAUCUGUUUGCUGACCAGGGUUACAUACAUGUCGCUUGGAGGGGAGUGUUUGGUGGAACAGUGCAUUCUGGGUAAGUAGGCUAAAGGAAAACUAUACCCCCAGAAUGAGUACUUAACAUUAAUAUUUAUAUUAAGUGACCUAUUAAAGAAUGUCGCCAAACUGGAAUAUAUAUAUCAGUAAAUAUUGCCCUUUUACAUCCUUUCCCUUGAGCCGCCAUUUAGUGAUGGGCUGUGUGCUCCCUCAGAGAUCAGCUGACAGGAAGUGAUGCAGCGCUAACUGUAACAGGAAGUAGUGUGGGAGCAAAAGGCAGAACUCUGCCCAUUCAUUGGCUGAUGGGGCCUAGCAUGUAUGUGUGCCUUGGCUUGUUUGUGUGCACUGUGACUCCUAUGAUCCCAGGGGGCGGCCCUUAGUACAUAAAAUGGCAGUUUCCUAUUUAGGAUUACCCAAUGGCACAUACUGCUAAAUAAGUAUAUUUAUAUGAAAAUGGUUUAUUUAUAUGAAGCAGGGUUUUACAUAUGAGCUGUUCAUGCAGUAUAUUUGUAUAGAGACCGACAGUGUUUGGGGUAUAGUUUUCCUAUAAAGAACAGAUUUCAGCAAUGGGAAUAUGAGCUGUGGAAGUGAGGAACCCAUCAAUAAGCCGGCUUGGUUCUUGAUCCAAUGGGAAAGUCAGACCUGCCCGACUGAUGUGGAUAAUUUUUGGCUGGAUAUCAGUGGGGCAGAUAAACCGAUGAAUCGGUCUGAAGGGCCCAGAUUGCGAGCCUAUAUCUGCCUGUGUAUGGCCCCUUUAGCUUUUAUAUAAAGCAGAGCUGGUACCUACAAAGGGGGAGACAAGAAUCUUGUUAACUCGGUCAAACCCCAACCAGAACAUUCUGUAAUCCCCUAUGGGCACAGCAUGGCGCCACAAUGUGGUUGCACCCCUCCAGUAACGGGUAUAUACCUGCCGGCUGGGUCAGAAUGUCCAAAUAUAUUUCUAACACAAUUUUCUAACAAAAUGUAUUUGGAAUUCCCUGGACUUGUAGAACAAUAGGUUGAAACUAUAUGUACACUACAGUGUAUGCCCCUAUGGUGCCAGGUUCUGGGUCAUUGCCGGGAUAUGACAGUUCCCAUCAUGCAUAGCAAGAGGCAAUGAACCUUAUGGCUCUACAUCGUCUGAGGGGUCUUAGGCUGGAGAGCGUUCCAAUCAUUUAUCAACCAACUGCAGGGAAAGGGGGCUGAGUUGCUCAGAGGGCCCUGUUGUAUGGCCAUAGGCCAGAGGGUCGCUUCUGUCCCAAUAAAAGGCAUUAAAGGUCCCCAUACACAGGCCAAUAGUAGCUGCCGAUAUGGGUCCCUUAGACUGAUUCGGCAGCUGAUUGGCCCGUGUAGGGGCACUACCGACGGCCUGCCCGACCGAUAUCUGGAUUGAAAUCGGCCAGAUCUCGAUCGAGCAGGUUCGAAAAUCUAGUCGGAUCGGGAACCUAUACCCGUUAUUACCGAUCGAAUUACCCUGGAUUCUCCCAAUAUCACCCACCCGUAGGUGAGCGGAUCUGCCAGUGUAUGGGGACCUUUAGUUUGUAGCAGUAGCAGUAACCCAUAACAACCAAUAAGUAACCAGUAAGUUCUACCUGCUGAUCCGCAGUAAUUGCAUAUUGAUUUAUAAGCGCAAACAGCUGGGCCCAGCCAACAACUAACAGCCUUGUGCCAUUAUUGUGCAGUGCUGUUUUGUAAAAAUGAGGAUAAUGCAAACGGGUGCAAAAAUGGCUCCACAUAGUAACCCAUAGCAACCAAUCAUAUGUUUGCUUCCAAACUGCAGACCAGUAUGUGCUACCUUUUCAUUGGCUGCUGUAUGUUACUAAAUCUGGGGCAACAUUACAUCCAUUAUUCCAAUCCCCCCCAUCGUUCCAAUUUAAUAGAGGUAUAUACAUAUAAGUGGAAUAUAUGUGUGUAUAAAAGUCCUAAUAACUGUAAUGUUUCUAAGCUGUAGGGGCGCAGAUGUAUUUGCUGUAGGGGCGCAGUGUCACCCCAGUAGGUCUCUGUGUCACUAAAAUGUAUUUUUUUUAAUAAAUGUCUCUAAUAUCA